UCACGUAUCGGGUUGAUUUGCAAUGUUAAACUGCUUUGCCACGAACACAGUGUGAUUUUUGAUUUAGCUUGAGCAGUUGGGUUUCAGUUCCAUCAUGUUGAAUGUUUCUGUUGGUGAUCUAAAAAAUCUCUUUCCUACUAAAGUUCAUUUUAUGAUUUUUAUUGGGUAUAUGACAUUGUUUAUCAACCAAGGCUUACUUAUAACUGCUUCMAAAGACAAGAAUGGACAUUACAACUACAACACAACAACAGUUGUUAUGUUCACUGAGACCGUCAAGCUGUUGGUUGCAUGUGUUUUGCAGUUGAGAGAGUCAACAGUUCCUGAAUUGUUUGGUCUUAUUMGAGAACAUGUUAAAGUUCUUGUACUAUACAUGAUUCCAGCUUUUUUGUACUGUCUGUACAACAACCUGGCUUUUGUCAAUCUGAGUGCAUACGAUCCCACAACAUAUUUCCUGCUGCUGCAGUUUCGUGUUGUGGUAACUGGUGUCAUAUUUCAGAUACUUUUCAGCAAACAGCUAAGCCGUGUUCAAUGGGUUUCCUUGCUGCUUUUGACUGCUGGCUGCAUCAUCAAACAGCUGAAAUUUGGUAGUGAAUCAGCUGGUCUUAGUCUUAAAUUAGAUCAAAACCUGGUGCUGAUCAUGGUUCAAGUCUUCUGUUCCUGUUUUGCUGGUGUUUACAAUGAAUACCUGCUKAAAGGAAGAAGUGGAGAGGCUCCCUUGAUGAUACAGAAUGUCUUCAUGUAUAUUGAUUCAAUCCUCUGCAAUCUCUUAUUGUUGACUUAUAGAGGAACUCUUCAAGAAGCCUUCACAUCACAAAGUAUCAACUCUAUUCUAACUGUCAAUGUAGUAUCUAUCAUUUUUAACAAUGCUGCUAUUGGUAUUGUUACCUCUCUCUUCUUGAAAAAGCUGAACUCUAUUUUGAAAACAUUUGCCAGUGCCUUGGAAUUGAUGUUCACUGCAGUUCUUAGUUGGAUUAUAUUUGGAAUUCCAAUUACUGUCUUAACCAUUAUUGCUCUUAUCAUUGUCACGUAUGCCAUCAUUCUUUAUUCUCAAAACCCAGUGGACAACACACAAAAACCUACCAGYGAAGGACAGAAAGUCCAUUCAGAUAAAGAAAAUCAAGCUAUGGAUCAAAAAGUUUAACUGCUAAGGAAUACUGAGGAUGUUGUGAAAGGCUUSAAUGGUGCUCAUUAAAGUAGGGUUUGAAGACCAUUAAGUUAUUAAAAUAGGGUAGCAAGGUAAUAUAUUUGAGCUUAUCAAAACUACAAUCAUUUAUUGAUCAUUUUUAUUAUAUGAUUAUUGAGUAAAAGAUUUUCACUCUUGUUGUACAAUGCUGGAAGGGAACAAUAAUAUUAUUGUCAUUUCCCAUAAAGAUAAAAGAAAAGGGUCAGAAUUAUUUUUUAUUUUUUUUGCAUUCCUAUCUUAAUAGUUAAAUAWUGACUAUUUAUUAACAAAGAGAAAUAAACAGCCUUGUCUGGUAUGUAAUGAUUAAAAUAAAGGAACUUCACCAGACUAGAACUUUGAYGUGUAUAAUGUAUGCUCUCUGACGAUUGACAAAAUAUGUUAAUAAAAAUAUGCAGUUGCAUAAUGUGAUGUUAUUGAAACUUUCAGUUUUAAUUCUGAUAAAAGUCUCUAAAAACGUAUUGUUAUAUAUUAUACAGCAGGCUUAUGUUAUGUUUAUUGAAAUAAAAUUGUUCUCAUGGUAGCUUAUUUGUGUUAYUGUGAUAAAGAGACUAUGGUACAAAAUCACCUAAAACUGCUGAAAUUGAAUGAAAUUUUAAAGAGGGUCCUCCAAAUGUUGUAAAAGGAAAUAAAGGAACAGGGAUUUAUCUGAUUUUUAGCUGAAAAAUGGGAUUUCACAAAUGCUGUAAUAAAAUGAAAUGUCCAA